AUGAGAUGGGGUCAUAAAGCUAAUCCGGAUAGGUGGUUCAUAAACUUACAACCACAAUUCCAAGAAGUUGUAGACGCAAUGGAAGUGAAUGGUGAACCAGAUAUAGCUGGUAUUUUCAGCGCGGCUUUAAUGCCAUUGAAAGAUAUGAAACAUGCAGAUAUUUUGGACCAGUAUGAAAUGAACAUGGCUGAUGGAAAUAUAACACCUGACGUUCUAAAACAUUUAUCUCAAAGAACUACACAGAACCAUAGAGAUGGUAUAUUUGGUGAAGAGUUUAGAAAGAAAGUUAGGGAGGGAGAAGGAAGAGAACCUAUUGUACAUGACCUUGCAAACGAAAGUUUGCAAAAUGUCAUAAAAACUUACUUUGCAGACAAUGAACCGAGAAGGGAUGAAUAUUUAAGAAAACUCAAAUGGACAGUACCAAAUGAAAUGUUAGUAUUGAAAAACAUGUUCCUUGACAAAAUAAAACCAACUACAGAAAUAAACGACGCAAGACUGAAAGAUUGGGUAAAAGCUUUCCCAUUCACAAAAGAUAUAGUUGGUAACAUGGAAAGAAAACCAGAAUGGCUACAAAAACAUAUAUUUGGAAACGAGCAUAUUCCAUAUGGACAGGCACUGUUUGAAGAGCUUGAACCGGAAACUCAGGAAAGAGUCAUGCAAACAAUACGCGAAGACUCAAAUACAGACUAUGACAAACUCUUUCUAGGAUAUAGGUUACCUGAGAUGGGCGACCAGAGCCAAAAGGCAAAAAGGACAUGGGAAAUUUGCAACAUACUAGAUGAACAUAAUGCAAAGAUGCAAAAACUUCAAGCAGAGGGCAAUGAAGGAAAAAGAAGAGUUAAAAACUCAGUCAGGAAGAAAGUAAAGCUUGGUCCACGUGGGUUCUAUUAUGACAUAUAA